AUGGUCUGUUCUCUUCUGCAGGCUGGCAGCGAUGGGGAGAGCAUAGGAAACUGUCCUUUUUCCCAGAGGCUGUUCAUGAUCCUUUGGCUGAAGGGAGUCGUGUUCAGUGUCACGACAGUUGACCUGAAGAGGAAACCAGCAGACCUUCAAAACCUGGCUCCAGGCACUCAUCCGCCCUUCAUCACUUAUAAUGGUGAAGUGAAAACGGAUGUGAAUAAGAUUGAGGAGUUCCUGGAAGAUGUUUUGGCUCCACCCAAGUACCUGAAACUUUCACCAAAGCAUCCAGAAUCCAACACUGCUGGAAUGGAUAUAUUUGCCAAAUUUUCUGCCUUUAUCAAAAAUUCCAGACCGGAAGCUAAUGAAGCCUUAGAACGUGGCCUCUUGAAAACCCUCCAGAAACUGGACGAGUACCUGAACUCUCCUCUUCCAGAUGAGAUAGAUGAAAAUAGCAUGGAGGAUAUAACAGUUUCUACCCGCAAGUUCUUGGAUGGCAAUGAGAUGACACUAGCAGAUUGCAACCUGCUACCCAAACUACACAUUGUCAAGGUGGUGGCCAAAAAAUACCGCAACUUUGAGAUUCCCAAGGAAAUGACAGGGAUUUGGAGAUACCUGACGAAUGCUUACAGCAGGGAUGAAUUCACCAAUACCUGUCCUGGAGACAAAGAAAUUGAAAUAGCUUACAGUGAUGUAGCCAAGAGACUCACCAAGUAAACAGCACUUGCAAAAGAGAUGACUUCUUGCAUAUUCCAUAACAAGGCUUCUAACAGACUGCUCUUUUCAUAUAAGAUAGCAAUUUUUUUUGCAUGAACUUGCAGUUAUUCAAAGUUAUGGUGGAUAGACCAGGUACAGUAAUUACCUAAAGUUUGCAGACUU